AUGGGUUCCAAUGUGAACACACGACUCGUACAUCAUGAUGCGUUUGCGCCUUUGGGUGAUAGUACGUUGACGGCAGCACCAGCGCUAGCAAUAGCGUUACAGCCAAAACGACAGCAUCUCCAUCCGCCGAAUAAUACUGGCUUACUUGAUUUGCUACCAAGUCCACACGACCUCAGCCAGUCACUUCCACAGAGUAAUGUAUUCGGAAAGCAGCCGUCAAUGAAAGAACCUGAAAACCCAGCGACAACAUUCUCCUUCCACCAAGGUCAGACGGCACCGAUCCUUCCGGAUAGCCUAAUGCCGGAUAACCAGCAUACUUCCAACAGCUUGAGUGAUGCAGCACUCUUUCCGUUCCCGCCACAAGUUUCUAAAGGCGUCAGCUCAUUUGGAAAUAUAGGAUUCCCUCAUGAUGUGUUUGCGCCUACUGGCGACACGAAUGCGAUGGUCGUGUCAAGGCAAGGACGACAAUAUAUUCCAAGUUUACCGGAAAUGCCACCAAGUCGUCGUCACGACCUCAGUGAGCCACUUCCACAGAGCACCUUACUUGGGCAGCAGCCGUCAAUGAAAGAACCUGAUUACUCAGCGACACCAUUCUCCUUAAACUCAGGUCAGGCGGAACCACUCUUUCAGCCUAACCUACUCAACAGCUUGAGUGAUACAGCAAUCUUUCCCUACCUGCCAAAAGUCUCUACCGCUAUGUCCUCCGAUGUAAAUACAGGAUUAAAUCAUGAUGUGUUUGCGACAUCGCGUGGUAGUGAUGUGUUGCUAUCACCAUCACUAGCGAGAGGCCUACAACAGCAACAACAACAUCACAAGCCACCACAUAUUCCCAGGCUGCAGGUAAUGCCACAGCAUCACCAUGACCUCAGCGAGCCACUACCACCGAGUAACUUACUUGGACAGCAGCCGUCGACAAAUGAACUUGAAAAAAUUGCCAAAGCAAAUAUAGUCUGCCCGCAAUGCAAAAGGAGUUUCUCUUGUCCGUCGCAGCUCAAAAUACACUUGACAGUGCACACCGGCGAGAAGCCAUAUCCUUGCACAGAGUGUGGACGAGCCUUCAAGCAUAAGCGUAAUCUAACUGUGCACAUCCGAAAACACACCGGGGAGAAGCCACAUCAUUGCGACAGAUGCAACUCACGUUUUUCUCAGCUAUCGACACUAACCAGACACAAGAGAACGCAUACAGGUGAUAAACCGUACAAGUGCACUAUCCUGGGCUGUGAACAGGCAUUCUCACAGUCCUCCAACCGCAACUGCCAUGUGCGUCGCCACAAGGCGAAUAUGGAGACGCAAACCAAACCUGCCAUCUUUGCCAUGGACAACAGCAAGGCAGGCGAGAUGAGUCAUUUUACCUUUGAUCAACUCAGUCAGAGUGGUGUAGCAUCAAACCCCUACGCUCACGAUGCUUUGGUUCCACAAGACCAAUCACGCAGCGCAUCGACACCAUUAUCCUACCGACAAAGUUUGGAGGCACCAAAUCUUCAGCUUAAGGAUCUCGAGCACUAUGACAACUUGUUUGAUGGAGUACUUUUGCCCUCCUUGCCAGAAGUCUUUACGGGCAUGGGCUCCAAUAUGAACACACCCCUCGUACAUCAUGAUGCGUUUGCGCCUUUGGGUUAUAGUAAGUUGACGGCAGCACAAGCGCCAGCAAUGGCCUUACGGCCAAGACGACAGCAUCUCCAGCCGCCAAAUAUUCCCGGCUUGCUUGACUUGCUACCACGUCCACACGAACUCAGCCAGUCACUACCACAGAGUAACGUAUUCGGAAAGCAGCCAUCAAUGAAAGAACCUGACAACCCAACGACAGCAUUCUCCUUCCACCAAGGUCAGGCGGCACCGAUCCUUCUGCAUAGCCUAAUGCAGGAUAACCAGCAUAAUUCCAACAGCUUGAGUGAUGCAGCACUCUUUCCGUUCCCGCCACAAGUUUCUAAAGGCGUCAGCUUAUUUGGAAAUAUAGGAUUCCCUCAUGAUGUGUUUGCGCCUACUGGUGACAUGAAUGCGAUGGCAGUGUCAAGGCAAGGACGACAACAUAUUCCAAGUUUACCGGAAAUGCCACCAAGUCUUCGUCACGACCUCAGUGAGCCACUUCCACAAAGCACCUUCCUCGGGCAGCAGCCGUCAAUGAAAGAACCUGAUAACUCAGCGACACCAUUCUCCUUAAACCCAGGUCCGGCGGAACCACUCCUUCAGCCUAACCUACUCAACGGCUUGAGUGAUGCAGCAAUCUUUCCCUACCUGCCAAAAGUUUCUACCGUAAUCCGCUCCGAUGUAAAUACAGGAUUACAUCAAGAUGUGUUUGCGCCAUCGCGUGGUAGCAAUGUGUUCCUAUCACCAUCACUAGCAAGGGGCCUACAACAACAACGACGACAACAGCAAGAUCACAAGCUGCCACAUAUUCCCAGGUUGCAGGUAAUGCCACCAUACCAACACGACCUUAGCGAGCCACUACCACAGAGUAACUUACUUGGACAGCAGCCGUCGAGUAAAGAACCUGCAAAAUCUGCCAAAGCCAAACUAGUUUGCUCGGAAUGCAAUAAGAGUUUCUCGUAUCCGUCGGACUUCAAAAGACACAUAUCGGUGCACACUGGCGAGAGGCCAUAUCAGUGCAUAGAGUGUGGAAAAACCUUCAAGAGGAAGUAUAGUCUAACUGUGCACAAGAGAACACACACAGGUUACAAACCAUAUAAGUGUACAAUCUCGGGCUGUGAACAGGCAUUCUCACAGUCCUUCAGCCGCAACCGGCAUGUGCGUACCCACAAGGCGAAUAUCGAGAAGCAAACCAAACCUGCCCGUGGAAGAAACUAAACAGGCACUGCUCUAACGGACCAGCAUCUCCAGUUCAAACACGGCAAUGCCGGCAGGAGCACCAAAUCAGAAGAUAGCGGCGCCAGGAAUUGCGGUUUUAAGUUAA